CACCGAUAAGAGUUGAUUUCCAGUGUAUUGUCUUGAAGUAGUUCUGCUCACACGAUUCUGUAGAACAACGAUCUCUGUUAGGAUCCCUGACGCACAAGUGGCAUAUCCUCCCAAGCGGCGACCCUCGAAUUCGCGUUGCCAGUGGGUGGAGAUAAGUACGUUCCCGAACAGCAUUCAUUGGCACGAUUGACAGGAACAAAGGAAACAUUGCAAUUUUUGCGCCCAUCAGGAUUGCCAGUGAAGACGUGGACAUGCAUGAUUCAACAGUGGCAUCACCACGACACCUCAUGGAUUGGAAGCAGUGUGUAAUACCCAUACCCGAGGAACGCCACCACCACCUGGUACAAAUUCAUUCACCUCAACCCCACCUUGGCGUGGGCCUACCUCCCCUCAACGGCUGUGACGGUAGCGCAUCAUCCUGUUAUCGCGUUGUGCUUGUGAGUGCCAAAGAUGAUGCGAGUAGACGUGUAAGCCCAGUUACGAGAAGCGGAGAUAGAGACACGAGGCCGGCAAGAACUCGAAUUGGCUUGUCGCAUAAAAUGUUAAUUCUUGUGGCAACAGCAACUCGGAUCUAUUGUAGGGCUGCGCUGCUGCCCGUCCCCGCCCCAGCCUCAUCCGCAGCACUCAAUCCAUAUGCACAUACGUCCCUGUGUGGGUAGUUCCGUCUGAGUAUUGUAGCUGCAAGGAUUGUCCC